AUGGACAGAGUUGGUUCUUCUAAGGGAAACACCAUGCAUGGAGACGAAGGAAAAGACAGCGCAGAGGUCCGAUACCGUGGUGUAAGGAGGCGGCCAUGGGGUAAAUAUGCAGCUGAGAUUCGGGACCCGAACAAAAACGGGCAGAGGAUAUGGCUGGGGACAUUUGAUACAGCGGAAGAAGCAGCACGUGCUUAUGAUCAGGCUGCCUUCAGCCUAAGGAGUCAUCUUGCCACGCUCAAUUUUCCAACCGAGUACUUGUCAAAACUCCCUGACCCUCCUUCCUUCCGGCCACCAUCUAAGUCGUAUUCAUCUUCAUCGGGUGUUGAAAGAGGAUCAGGUUCAUCAGCCGGAAAAGAGAAACAUGUGAUUGUACUUGAGUACUUGGAUGAUCGUGUGUUACAGGAUCUUCUUCUGGAAACAUCAAAGGAGAAGAAGAAAUGA